AUGCAACGAUGUCACCUCAUAGCUGCAUAUAUGUCUUUAUGUAUUGUGAAGAAACUACCGGUCGCAACAUUACCACUGACAACUGACACCUUAGAAGCAUUUGUACCGUUUAAUUGUUAUACGAUUUUAACACCAAAUAAUGAAGAUAGUUGUCAGUUUGGAUUUACGGUCAUUGUUUGGCCGCACGAUCUAACACGGGGUAUGAGUAUUUGGACCUCUUUGGACGGAACUAGUCGUGUUUCGGGAAAUGAGUCGUUCACUGGUGUACAUAAAGCUACGAUUAUACUUUCAUCUGGCGUUUUCACUGUCAGUGGCAGUUAUAACGAUAAACCAGCUAAAAAACGAUUUAUUGCAGCUGCUUCUUUGAAGACACCUGAUCCACAUGCUACGGACUUCAGAAAAUUAUUUAAAAAGGAUAUUAUUGAAUUGGUUGAACAGCGCAAUACAAUAUGUCUAAAUAGUACUAUAAAACCGCUGCUAAGACAAUUAGCAGAAGAACAGUUGAACAUUUUUUAUUAUGUUCGAAAUUGGUGUCUAAAUAAAAAGUUCAAUGGAACUGUUGAACCAAUUCGUUUAUUUACUACUGGUGGUGCAGGCACAGGGAAAACAUAUCUGUCGAAGUGUAUGUAUUAUGAAGCGAGUAAAAUUCUUACUCAUGCAAAUAAUAAAAUUGCAGAAGAAAUUCGUACACUGAUUUGUACUUCUACAAAUACAACUGCAUUAAACACAAAUUCGGAUACUAUUCAUGCUAAUUUUAUGAUAGGCGAACAAAUGAGUGCUAUAAGCGAAAGUCAAAUGAACACUCUUAUCAAAAUUAGACGGCUUAAUGAUUGUUUUUAUUGA